AUGUUGCCGAUGUACUUUGUUGAGUCAAAGUAUUUGUCUUCCUUCCAGUAUUUCAUUGGAGCUUUGAUCAUGAAUGGAUGUAACCCAUUAUUAACCAGCAAAGUCAACGUACUGAUUAAUGUCCUAGAUGUCAAUGAAUUUCCACAAGAAAUACCUGUGCCAUAUGAGACAGCCGUCUGUGAAAAUGCCAAACCAGGACAAAUCAUUCAGACAGUCAGUGCUGCAGACCGCGAUCUCUCACCCUCUGGGCAGCAGUUCUCCUUUAGAUUAUCACCUGAGGCUGCCAUCAAACCAAAUUUCACAGUCCGUGAUUUCAGGAACAACACAGCUGGAAUUGAAACCCGAAGAAACGGAUACAGUCGCAGGCAGCAAGAGUUGUAUUUCCUGCCUGUGGUAAUAGAAGACAGCAGUUUGGUCCAAAGCAGCACGAACAAUACUAUCAGAGUUUGCCGAUGCGACUCUGAUGGUACCAUUCUGUCUUAUAAUGUGGAAGCGAUUUUUCUACCUGUAGGACUUAGCACGGGGGCCUUGAUCGCAAUCCUUCUGUGCAUUGUUAUACUUUUAGCCAUAGUUGUGCUCUAUGUAGCUCUGCGAAGGCAGAAGAAGAAAGACACCCUGAUGACCUCUAAGGAAGACAUCAGAGACAAUGUCAUCCACUGUGAUGAUGAGGGUGGCGGGGAAGAGGACACCCAGGCCUUUGACAUCGGGGCUCUGCGAAAAUCAAAAGUGAUUGAAGAGAACAAAAUUCGCAGGGAUAUUAAACCAGACUCUCUCUGUUUACCACGUCAGAGGCCACCUGUGGAAGACAACACGGACAUAAGGGAUUUCAUCAAUCAAAGGCUGCAGGACAAUGAUGGGGACCCAACUGCACCACCCUACGACUCCUUGGCCACAUAUGCCUAUGAGGGAAACGGGUCCACGGCAGAGUCGCUCAGCUCCAUAGACUCUCUCACCACAGACGCUGACCAGGACUACGACUACCUGGCUGACUGGGGACCCCGCUUCAAAGUCUUGGCAGACAUGUUUGGAGAAGAAGAGAGCUAUAACCCUGAUAAAGUCACUUAGGGGCGAGGUGAAGGCUGACACACCCGAGAGAAGACAUUUUAACAACAACAAUAAAAAGAAAACCACAAACAGAACUCACACACAUGCACACACACACACACACACACACACACACACACACACACACACACACGGCUUCAUAGACAAGAUUCCUUUGAUUAUCUGGUUUCUAGCAAGUUGCUAUAAUUAUGUUCUCAGUUUGUCAGUUUUGGUCCAUUCUGCUGACACAAGAUAAAUCCUACAUCAUAGAGUUGCUUUGUUUUGUUUUCUUAUUUCAGAAACACACUGAGACAAGCUCAGGCCUAUUGUGUACAACUAACUGACAUGACAACCUAGAAUGAAGGUAACUCUGUGGCAUCACAGUGGAAGAGUGUUAGAUUGUUCUUAAUUCCACUAAAGUGCCUAUUGAAACUCUUAUCAUUUAAAGUGGUAGACACUACCCUCCACUGUGAUGGCGCCGCAGGAUUCAGAGACAAAGAGGAGUAAAACAAAGACACCCUCUCUGUGCCCAGGAACAAUAGCAGCAUGCUGACUCUUCCCAUUCCUUUCCAGAAAUAAACAAGAACACUUCCAGAACUCUAUCUUUGUAUAAUUAAACGGCUUUUGUCUCCUAAACUGUAUGCCAAGACACGUUUGUUUUUCCUACACUUUCCAAAAAUGGAAAUGAAUGUGAUAAUAUCAAAUUCAAUAUGUAAGUAAUGGAUUCUAAAACAGUGGUUGAUCAUAGCGUUAGUUCAUGUUAAGGAUGCAAAUUAAUUAAACUAUUAAUUUUUCCCCCAAACUACACAUUUACAAACAUAAAUAAACUGUCCCUCUUUAUAAAGAGAGAGGCCUCAGGGCUCAAAACAGCAUUAAAAUAAAUAAUGCUUUUGUUUAAUACUGAA